AUGACGUCUGCUCGCUACCGUGGACGGCGAAAUGUUGCCUUUGUAUUCUGGAUUUCCAUAACUGCAAUAACCGGCGUAUUUGCGACUAUUCCAGGUGACUGUGACCAUUCUUACAGUGUGUCGUCACAGGACAAGGGCUUUGCAUUCUAUGCCGAUAAUCCGGAUUGUUACAGGAAUGUCAAGCUCUUCCCAAUCCUAUCUAGGCAUGUUGAGCAAAUUGCUAAAGAUUUGUCUGUCAUCUCAUCAGCAAUACCCGAAUCUAAAUAUUCGCCCGAAAAUAAAGAAGCAGUGGAAGAAGAGUGUCAUCAACUUAUGACUUAUUUUGAAAGCAUGAAAUUUGACGCUAAGGAGUACGUGGAGCUAGGAAAGAUGUUUGAUGAGCGCCGUGCCAUAAUCAGAGAACUUCAAAAAGAAGAUAUAACACCAUUGAGGUCGGCGGAACUUGAUGAAGCUAUGGCAAAUCUAGAAUACAAGUUUGAGGGUAAGGAGCCGUUCGCAUCCAACAUACUAGAAUUUGACAUUGUUGGACAUUAUAUAAUCAAGAUAGAAGAAGCGGAAGAGUUCGUUCGUAAACACAAGAUUCAUACACAACCUGCGUGCAAAUCUGUGAAACGUGCACGCAGCUAUGCAUCAAAGGGUAAGAGGCGCGCUGUCUCUCAGGUCUUCGAACAACCCCCAUGGGUGAUACAGGAACGGUGCCGUCAAAGUUAG